UAAAGUCACCCGGAGCGAGAUUACAAAACAAAUUUGACGUUUGUGUCGAUAAAAAGUGGAAAUUAAACACGUGAUGUGUCCCAAGUUUCGUGACAAUAUUGCAAAUUUUUCGAAAAUUUCAAAUCAAAUUUGAAACAGAACUGUCUUUUUUCAAAAUACUGAACAGCUUUUUUUCCGAUGCACUAUGUUCAGAUAAUCGAACUUCGGACACCUGGUGAAUACAAUUUCGCCUUGACAUGUCUAUGAAGAAAGAAUCGCCAUGGGACGUGGAGCUGCAUUUAGCAGCAGCAAGAGGUGACGCAAAACGUCUUCAGGUUCUUCUGGACUCUGGGCGCGUUCAUGUCGAUUGCAAGGACAAGGAUGGAACGACACCAUUAAUGUUGUCAGCCGCUGGUGGCCAUAUCGACGGAGUUGCCGAAUUAUUGCAGCAAGGGGCGGAUCCUAAUGCAAAGAGGCUGACUGGAACGACAGCACUAUUUUUUGCGGCUCAAGGAGGUUUUAUGGAUAUAGCGGCCCUUCUUUUAGAACAUGGUGCAAUCGUAGAUUCUAGUAGCAUCGAUGGAGGAACGCCAUUGUUUGUCGCAUGCCAAUACGGUCAUUUAGAUGUCGUCGAAGGCCUAAUUGAAAAAGGCGCCAACGUAAAUGCACACAUGAAAGAUGGCGCCACUGCUUUGUUCAUAGCUUCUCAAAAUGGUCACCUACGAAUUUUGGAAGUACUUUUGGAACGUGGGGCAAAAACGGACGCGACCAGAACCGACGGUGCAACUCCAUUGUGGAUUGCUGCUCAAAUGGGCCAUGAUCACGUGGUGAGAAGACUCCUGAAAGCUGGAGCAAAAGUAGAUGCAACAAGACAUGAUGGUGCAACGCCCCUCUUUAAAGCGGCACAUAAAGGCCACUCUGCAGUGAUUGGAGAACUACUAAAAUAUCGACCAUCCCUCGGCAUUCUUCCGAAUGGCGAAAGUGCUCUUCACGCAGCCGCUUUAAUAGGGCACAUGGCAGUAGCAAGACAACUCGUUGGAGCUGGUGCUGAUCCCCUUUUGAUGAACCAGGAAGGUCUCACGCCUCUUCAAUUUGCCAUCAGACACUCCCAAAAUCAGGUCGCUAAUUAUCUGAAAGAAAAAGUAAGGCAGAGAACCGCCUCGCGUUAAUACAAAAAAAAAGAUAUAUUGAAGGAAAAUUUCACCAAGAAGAAGACUUAAUUAAACUUGUCACACUUUUUCGCCCUAGGGCGCACGUUUUCUAGCGUUUUUUGUUAUUCAUGGGCAUGCGUAGUGGAGAUUAUUUUUCCACGCAUGCGCCAAUUUUAGCCGAUAGCGCUAGCUGUUCUAGUCACAGUUCCGCGAAAAUUCAAAUUUAAGUAAUGAAAAAUGCUUUUUUUUAUACAAAUUAAUAAUAAAAGUUCAUAGUUUAUAUAUAAAAUAAAGAUUGAGAGUCA